AUGGGUUGCUUGGCUAAUCAAUAUAAUUCUGAUGCGCUGCUCAGCAUCAUAGCUGCCCGUUUCGUUGCUUUGUUGAUAGCAUCCAUAGCGUCAUUGAUACAAGCUUUACAUUCAUACUUUGAUGACAACACCGGAUCUGAACAAGGGCUUCUCGAGAAUUCUUCAUCUUAUGGCACAUUCCCACCUAAUGAAAAUAACAAUCGACCAAGUGAAACCACUCGAACAGAAAAAGGUGCAUUUGCAGACUUUUUUGAAAAAAUGCGAAAGCUUCUUCCAUUUCUUUGGCCAAAAAAUAAGCCGUGGCUUCAAUUUUUGAUAUUUUUCUGCUUCGGUCUAUUGAUCGCUGGGCGUGUUGUAAACGUGCUCGUCCCUAUGCAGAUCAAAGUUGUUACUGACAGCUUGACCGGCGAAGAUGGAAAUCCGCGUAAGAAAAUUGUUCCCGUGAUUGUGGACAUCUUGGUCGCUGUUAUUUAUUUCGUGGUCACGUUUGGUUGGGAAUUUGGAAUCAUUGUAUUUAUCACCAUGUCUAGUUACAUCUUUGUAACAGUUGCGAUCACCGAAUGGAGAACAAAAUUCAGACGAGAGAUGAUUGAACGAGACAAUGACACCAGAGCCAAAGCUGUUGACUCACUGUUAAACUUUGAAACCGUCAAAUAUUAUAAUGCCGAGCAAUUUGAAGUGAGACGUUACGACGAAUCGAUCAAAGCAUAUCAAGUGUCCGAAUAUAAAGUGAACUCCUCUCUCAACCUACUUAAUCUUAGUCAAAAUCUUGUGAUCACCGUUGGUUUGCUUUCCGGUUGUUUGAUGUGUGCAUAUGAAGUUACCGAAGGUGUUUUUACCGUUGGCGAUUUCGUUCUCUUUGUGACUUACAUCAAUCAACUGUACAGUCCGCUCAACUUUUUCGGGACAUAUUAUAGAAUGAUUCAACAGAAUUUCAUUGACAUGGAGAAAAUGUUGGACUUGUUCAAAGAACAGCAAAGUGUUCAAGAUGUUCCUGGAGCUCCUGAAUUGACAGUAAGCGAGGGAUCCGUGGUAUUUGAGAAUGUCGGAUUUUCUUAUGACCCAAGAAGUACUGCUUUGCAAGGCAUCUCAUUCACAAUACCCAAAGGCAAAACGGUCGCUCUCGUUGGACCUAGCGGAGGAGGAAAAUCGACCAUUCUCCGACUACUUUUCCGAUUUUAUGAUGUUGGUUCGGGUCGUAUACUAAUCGAUGGGCAAGACAUUCGACUUGUCAAACAAGAAAGUUUGAGGAAAAACAUUGGUGUCGUCCCUCAAGAUACCGUCCUAUUUAAUGACACGAUCUAUUACAACAUCCAUUAUGGAAAUGUGAAAGCAACCGAAGAAGACAUUAUUCUGCUCGAUGAAGCUACGUCCGCGCUUGAUACUACGACCGAGAGACAAAUCCAGCAUGCUCUAUCUCGCAUGACUCGCGAUCGUACGACUGAAGGAUUGAUGGUUCGUCUAUUCGCAAGCGAUUUAACUUAUAACACCUUUUUACAUUAUUACAUUAGUAUAAAAGACGGUCAGGUAGUUGAACAGGGGACACAUGACGAACUUAUUCAACAAGCCAUUAAUCGGGGUGGCGAAGGCGUUUAUUAUGAAAUGUGGCAGAAACAACUACGGGACGAAAGCGAAGGAAAGAAUGUGGGCGAAGAUUCAAGUGGUGAAUCUAAAGGGGAUGGGGAUGGAAGCAAGUCUAGUGAAACACAACCUCCCCCACCCCACCCACAUCAUCCACAUCAUUGA